AGACGCACGCAGUCCUUUCGCGGGAAAGGCAACCAACAUGGCCGCAUAUUUCUUCAAAUCUUCUAGACAUUUAAACUUUGUGAGCAAGUCUCAUCGACUUAUAUAUAAAAUAGGAAGGUCUUUUUCCACUAGCCAGGAUAUUGUGAUAGUAAGUGCUGCUCGUACACCAGUUGGUUCAUUCCGAAGCUCCUUAUCAUCUGUUCCCGCAACAAAACUAGGUUCUGUUGCCAUCCAGGCUGCCAUUGAAAGAGCAGGAAUUUCAAAUGGAGAUGUCCAAGAAGUGUUUAUGGGCAAUGUUUGCUCUGCUGGUGCUGGUCAGGCACCCACCAGGCAGGCAGCAUUAGGUGCAGGUCUACCAAUAUCGACACCAUGUACCACUAUCAACAAAGUUUGUGCUUCUGGCAUGAAAUCUAUAAUGCUAGCUGCUCAAUCAUUGGCCUGUGGUAGUCAGGAAAUCAUGGUUGCUGGAGGGAUGGAAAGUAUGUCUAAUGUCCCAUUUUAUAUGGGUAGAGAUGCCCCAAGUUAUGGUGGCCAUAAACUAGAGGAUGGUAUCGUGAAAGAUGGUUUGUGGGAUGUCUAUAAUCAGAUUCAUAUGGGAUCAUGCACAGAGAAGACAGCCAAGGAUCAUAAUUUAUCAAGGGAAGAACAAGAUGAAUUUGCAAUCAGUUCUUAUAAAAAAACCUCUUCAGCCCAUGAGAAAGGAAUCUUCAAAAAAGAGAUUGUACCGGUAUCAGUUCCUCAAAGAAGAGGCAAACCAGAUAUUGUUGUUGAAGAAGAUGAAGAGUUUAAGAAAGUCAACUUUGAUAAAUUCAAUCAAUUGAAGCCAGUUUUUCAGAGAGAUGGAGGAACAAUCACAGCAGCAAAUGCCAGUACAUUGAAUGAUGGUGCUGCUGCGGUUGUCUUGAUGACUGCUAAAAUUGCAGAAAAAAUGGGAGUCAAACCUUUAGCAAGAAUUAUUGGAUUCUGUGAUGCUGCUGUUGCCCCUAUUGACUUCCCAGUUGCUCCUGCAGAAGCAAUGCCAAAGUUAUUAAAGUUAACUGGAUUGAAGAAAGAGGAUAUUACAAUGUGGGAAAUAAAUGAAGCAUUCAGUGCUGUUGUUCUUGCUAAUAUCAAGAUAAUGGGUUUGGAUCCUGAUAAAGUGAACAUAAAUGGAGGUGCUGUGUCACUUGGACAUCCUAUUGGAAUGUCUGGAGCGAGACUUGUUGGUCAUAUGACACACCAUCUAAAUCCUGGUGAAAAAGGCUUGGCCAGUAUUUGUAAUGGUGGAGGUGGCGCCGCAGCAAUUGUCAUUGAAAGACUUUAAAAGAACAUCCUGGUUCAGUUUCGUAGUUCUUAGAAUGUCCUGGUUCCGUUUCAAGGUUUCUAGAAUGUCUUGUGUUAAGUGGAUGAUGGGACAGUUCUGGGAAAGGAAUAUUUGUGGCUUUUAAAACGCCAUUUCUCGUUUGACUGUGUCCUCCUGAACGCUUUUCUACUGGUGUUGGAAUUCCUGGGAGCAAAUACUUAUAUAUAAGUCAAUAAAUUUGAGAAACAUUGA